AUGCAAUUCUCUAAUAAUAAAUAAUUUAAGUAUUGAUCCAUUUACUACUGAAGCAGCUAUAAUAUCUAUUGAUCCCAAGAUGUUUGUCCUUCCAAUUACUACUUCCUUUAAUUUCUUUCCCGGUAAUAAGCUUAUUGCUUAUUUAAAUUUGUUCUUACAUAACCUAGAAUUGAUUCUUGUGCUAUUUGUAUGGUGGCGGCUUUAAUUUGUGAAUAUGUAGCGCCAUGCGUGUACUCGUGUCGUCAAGUGAUUAUUAUAUUAUAACAAGAGACAAAGUAGUAAAGACAACUAUUAUUGCUUCCUUCUGGCAAGGUGGAGAGAAGAGAAGAGAAAAGAACAUUAUUAUAUAUCACUGAGAAAAGGUUAGUUUCAGUUGUUGAAGAAGUGUAAGUGUGAUUCCAAUAGUAACAGAAAAGGAGAUGCCAACGGCAACAAACAGUAUUGAAAAAGAAGAAGAAGAAACAGGGAUAAAGGGGGAUCAAAGUUCAACGAAGUGCCAAGACUGUGGGAACCAAGCGAAGAAGGAGUGCUCAUAUUGGAGGUGCAGAACAUGCUGCAAGAACAAAGGAUUCCAUUGUCAAACCCAUAUCAAGAGCACUUGGGUCCCCGUUGACCGAAGGCGCCACAGGGAAGUAAAUAACCACUUUCAGUUGCACCACCCACAUAUCUCCAAAAAGCACAAGCACUUCUACUCACCAUCACCAGGUGUAGAGGACAAGUUAAAGUUGCCAUCUGCUACGAAUUCCAUGGCUAUAUUUCGGCGCGUUGAGGUUAGGUCAAUGGAUCAUGCGGUUAACGAAAUUGGCUAUCAAACAUGUGUCAACAUUGGAGGACAUGUAUUUAGUGGUCUUCUGUAUGAUCAUGGCCCUGCUGCUCCUUUUCUGGAUCAUCAUCAUCAACAGAAUCUCAAUCAUGGUGCAAGUAUGGGUCCAGUUGAUGAUGUUGAUGAACCUUUCUUGCCUCCACCACCACUAUCAGACCCGCUACGUACGCCCUACUUCUCAUUUCCAAAACCAUAGCCGCUGCUAAUUAUUAUCAUGCAUGUUGUUGGGUAUAUGAAGAUGGUAAGAUGACAAAAUUUUAUAUUUGUGUAGUGGUUUUAAGGCACGAUUAGAUCGCUUUUUUUAGAAAGAUAUUUGUUCCCACACUUAGUUGCUAUAUGGUUGAUGACAAUACUCUCCCAAGAUACCAUAAAACCUAAGAAUUUCUUAAUUAGCAAUAGUAAGAAAUUUUCAACUCUCUUGAACAAAGAAAAUUUCUUAAAAGUUGAUUAAAAUGUACACUUAGUACUUCUUCUUAUGAAAU